GAGGAGUCAGGGCGUGUAGUGGCUGCUUAGCAAGUGAAGUCUGGUUAAAGGGGGCGGCGGUGGCGCAUGGAGAUGGGCGGCGAGGGCGGGUGGCGCCUGCGGGCCAUUCAAUGACUCUUUAAUUUAUUUAUAUUUUGUGGAUUAAAGGUCUAAUAAGUGUUUUUUUUAUUUGUUAUUUCUACAUUUAUUCUGGAAAUAAUUGCAGUUUGUUUGGUUUUGAGUCAGAUGAGACAGAAGCUGCAUAACGAAUGUGUGGUGGUUGUCUGAGCUGCCCACGAACCGUCUCGGAUUACAGCUGGAAAAGGUUCACCUCUAAUUAUGUCAUUAAUCUUAGAGAUUUAAAUUAAAACUCACAUGUGGGAAGCUUUUUUUUUUUUUUUCAUUUUACUUGUUUGGUAACAGCGUCACUUCUGCAUAAUUUCAUUUAAUUUUCAACACAAAUUCACAUUAGGUGUAAAGUUAAAUGACAGCCAAAAACAAGAAGGAACGAGAUUUUUUUUGUUAUUUGAGCACAAAAAGUGAUUUGAUUUCUUUUAUGAAAUGUUUUGAAAAUAUACAUUUGCUGUCCAACAUGUGAUUGAUCCUCAUACAUGACGUGUCACAUGCUCACAAACAGACCCUUAGUGCUAAUAGUCUCUGUGGUCUGCAGCAUGUGAGCUUGAUUUCCCUGAAAUGUUCUGUUUGAUCGUCUUUCUUUCUGCACUAAAUCUUCAACAUUUUGAGCAUCUCAUAACAGACGAAAUGCAUAACUCUGACACACUUCUGCUUUUCCGUCUUAGGGAAUUAUUUCUCGCUUGAUGACUUUGUGAGGACCUGCACACGAGGAGUUUUACAGCGUUUGUGUCCCCUGGCAGGAAUGCGUGACCUUUCAAAGGUUUUAUUUAGUAAGUUGCAUUAAAGGGAAUCAUGGUCAUGCGUGUGUCUGACAGUCUUAAGGCUGGCGGCCCACAAUGCACCUCUCUCCCAGUGGAAACCUCUCAGAGAGCGGCAGAAGUGCAUGAAGACGGCAGACCUCAAAAGUGUGACGGCGAACUCCAGAAGCACCAUAAUUAAGCAGAUGCUGGAGGCCAUAAAACUCUUCAUUUGCACUAAUAAUGUCCUUUAAACUAAUAUCGUUUUGGAGGGAAACACAGUAAAUUGGAAAAUGAAGUUUCCGUUUACAAGACUUCCACCGGCGCCUCAUCAAUACCAGCUUUGUGUCGUCUGAUAGUUUGCCAACAUGUGAUUGUCCUGGGGGUUCAGUUAAAAAAAAAACGAAAAUUCAACCAAUAUUUGUUGUUAAAUUUAGGUGGCGUGAAAAAAAGAAAUGUUUUGAACCAUAAUCAUGUUUACUGUUUCACACGGGUUUGAAUUAGAAAGAAAAACUUUGUAAAUUGGAAUUUGUUUUUUCCCACUUUUUAACCACUUGAUUUGCUCUAAAUAAUGAAAAGUGUGCAUAAAAUCGAAUGUAGACAGAAUCCGUGCUCAGUCUUCAUAAUGAACUCCACUUCCCAUCUUUGUGUUUUCAGGUUGGGACAGAAGCUGAGACGUCUCCUGCCUGGUCAGCUGCUGCCACUGUUGUAAUUCGGCUCACAUGAGCAGCUGCUUGGACCCAUUUCAAUCAACACGAGCUGCCGUCCCGUGUCUGAAAUCUGCCUUUCAUACCACACUGUCCCCCCACCCCUUCCCCGCCUCCCGCCGCUCUCCCGUCUCUGUCAGAUGCUCCAGUCCAGUCCUCUCCGUCUGCACUUCCUUCAUUCUGUCCUUUUUUUAACAUUUCUCUUGUUUUUUUCUUCCUUUGAACUGUCGACUGAAGUUGACAUGACUGUAGAAAAAGAGAACAAUGGACUUGACAACUACGCCUUUGCACUGGAGGGACGCUUCUGCGACCUCCCAGACUCCGGCGAGGAUCUGGACUCCUCCAUCGACGAGGACAACAACAAACUGGCGUACUGUGUGACAGACGUUCCUCCCUGGUACCUCUGCAUCCUCCUGGGCACUCAGCACUGCCUCACUGCCUUUGGGGGCAUCAUCGCCAUCCCGCUGAUCCUGUCCCAGGGGUUGUGUCUGCAACACGACGGCCUGACUCAAAGCCACCUCAUCAGCACCAUCUUCUUCGUGUCUGGCAUCUGCACUCUGCUUCAAGUCACCUUUGGAAUUAGACUCCCCAUCCUGCAGGGCGGCACUUUCACGCUGCUGGCGCCCUCCAUGGCCAUGCUGUCCAUGCCGGAGUGGACGUGUCCCGCCUGGACGCAGAACGCCAGCUUGGUCAACACGACCUCCGCCGAGUUCACGGAGGUGUGGCAGAGCCGGAUGAGAGCGCUGCAGGGCUCCAUCAUUGUGGGCUCACUCUUUCAAGUGUUUGUUGGAUUCUCGGGCCUGAUCGGCCUCUUUGUGCGCUUCAUUGGACCUCUCACCAUUGCCCCCACCAUCUCUCUCAUUGGACUGUCCCUGUUUGACUCAGCUGGCAGCAGUGCUGGCAAUCACUGGGGGAUCUCUUCAAUGACCACGGCGCUGAUCAUCCUGUUCUCACAGUACCUGCGCCACAUUUCGGUACCAUUUCCAACGUACAACAAGCACAAAAAGCUCCACACGUCUCGGAUCUACGUCUUUCAGAUUCUCCCCGUUCUCCUGGGGAUCACAUUGUCCUGGCUGAUCUGCUACAUUUUGACGUCCUGUAACGUGCUUCCCGCCGACCCAGACCACUAUGGGUACCUGGCACGCACAGAUUUAAAAGGAAAUGUGAUCGAACAAGCUCCCUGGUUCACUCUUCCGUACCCAGGUCAAUGGGGGAUUCCAACCGUGAGUCUGGCCGGGGUGGUCGGCAUCUUGGCUGGCGUGAUUUCCUCCAUGAUAGAGUCGGUCGGGGAUUAUCACGCUUGUGCAAGGUUAUCUGGAGCUCCACCCCCUCCGAAACAUGCCAUCAACAGAGGGAUUGGCAUCGAAGGGCUGGGGUGUCUGCUGGCCGGCGCGUGGGGGACCGGAAACGGAACCACCUCGUACAGCGAGAACGUUGGCGCUCUUGGCAUCACAAAGGUCGGCAGUCGGGUGGUGAUCGUAGCCAGUGGAGUCCUGAUGAUCGUCAUGGGUGUCCUGGGUAAAGUGGGUGCUAUCUUUACCACCAUCCCAUCUCCAGUGAUGGGAGGAAUGUUCAUGGUGAUGUUUGGAGUCAUCUGUGCUGCUGGAGUUUCUAACCUGCAGUACACAGACAUGAACUCCUCCCGGAACAUCUUCAUUUUUGGAUUUUCCAUGUUCACUGGUCUGGUCAUUCCUAACUGGAUCUUAAAGAACCCCAAAGCUAUUGCUACAGGUGUGGUAGAACUUGACCAGAUGCUGCAGGUUCUACUGACAACCAGCAUGUUUGUUGGAGGUUUCUUUGGCUUCAUACUGGAUAACACGGUUCCAGGAACCAAGCAGGAACGAGGCAUCCUGGCCUGGAAUAAGGCUCACGAGGACGACUGCAGCAACACGCUGGAGAGCGGCGAGGUCUACAGUCUUCCCUUCGGCAUCAGCUCCUCCUUCUCCUCCGUUUCCUGGCUCCGGUACAUACCUUUCUGUCCUCCGGGACUCCAAAACUCACUAGAACCCAAGCAGCCGCUGGAAAACCUGCAGAGUUCACAAUUCAACAUCGGGAUGGGACAGUGAGAGCUGAGGUCACUCUAGCAUGCCGUCUUGUGGGAAGAUCGGACAGCAACACCAUCAGUGGCAUCUUAUGGCAUUGUACUGUAACUACAUGAUGCAGAGAAGUUUCCUUCAGAGGAACAUCCAAAAGGAGAAGAAGGUAGAUCUGUAUUCCAUGUUCGGUCAUGAGAAACAAUAUGUAUAAAACUAAUGAUUCAAGCUGAGUAAAGCUGGAACUUUCAUUCUUCUUGCAAUAAAAUCAAAUUACAUUUUUGUCAGACAAAAAAACACAUUUCUUAAUGAAUCUGAUGCAUUAUUGUAGGAUUUUUUACAGUAAAAUAUUCAAUAUUUAAACCCAGCUUUAUUUGCUCGACUUAGUCUCAGGACUUUGUCACGUCCAGGUGCUUGUGAAUAUUAUAUAACCUCUACGAAGACUUGUGAUUGUCAAUAAAUUCACUAUUUUAUGCUUCAA